AGGCCUCGCUGCAGAAUGCAGCCGCAGCUCGAGCGACCAGAUUUCUCUUUUGACAGAACUGUUCACUGCAGCUCCGCAAAGCACAACAAACCCACAUGCAGCCACCUUCCGCUGGGCCCCGCGCCACCGCCUCCGCCUGCCGCCCCGUCUUCCCGCUUCCUCAAUCAAGCGCCGAGCGGCGGAUCGCGGCGGGGACCGAUCCUCUCUGCGUUACCGUUACCGCCUUCCGCUCCUCCCAUCGGAGUUCAACCCGGCUGCCCGCACCCCGGCGGGAGAGGUGGGGCGGCCCAGGUCUCUCCGUCGCCCGGCUCUUCCGGCGGAGGCGGCUGGUCUGGCGCCUGGCGUUCCGUACUCGUAUCGCACCGUGAGCAGCGAGAGGCUAUGGAGCGCGUCUUUACGCCGCUAGACUGUCUCCUGCCCGCCGGAAAGUUGAAGUUUUGCCUUCUGAUUCUGAACCAGCCUUUCGACAGAAGUCGUUUUCAUUGCCUGUGGAGCAAAGCUGCACUGAGAGCUUGUGCUGACGGAGGUGCUAAUCGUCUAUACCACAUCACAGAAGGAAAUCAGGACAGCUUCUUGCCUGAUUACAUCAGUGGUGACUUCGACUCCAUCCUGCCUGAAGUCAAGGCUUACUACAAGGUUAAGGGAUGUGAGUUAAUUGAGACCAUGGAUCAAGAUUUAACAGACUUCACCAAGUGCCUUCAGAUACUCCAGAAAAAGAUAGAAGAGAAGGGCCUCCAGAUUGAUUUGAUUGUGACUUUGGGUGGACUUGGAGGACGCUUUGACCAAACAAUGGCAUCAGUGGAAACACUUUUUCAUGCAACAAAUAUCACCCCUUUUCCAGUGAUAGUUAUCCAGGAGAGCUCGCUGAUUUAUUUGCUUCAACCAGGCAAACACAAGCUGCAGGUGGACACAGGACUGGAAGGUUCCUGGUGCGGCCUCAUCCCAAUUGGGAGCUCCUGUGACAGUGUUACCACGACUGGUCUCAGGUGGAACCUUGUUAACCAGGCGUUGAAGUUUGGAAUGCUUGUCAGUACUUCCAAUACCUAUGACAACUCUGGGAUUGUGACCAUCAAGACGGACAAGCCUUUGCUGUGGACAAUGGCAAUCAAACUUUAAGAUGAAUUGCAGCUACCUUUUCUGAUCCCACUGUAUUUACUGCAAAAUUUCACUGAAUUCAGGUGUAAAACUGAUCAUAAGGGAAUAAGUAUGUACUACAUAGGCAAUAAAUGGAAAACAGAAAUAAAAGUCAUUUAAGACCGAAUUGAGCCUAGGAACAACAGAUCAGCAGAUGCACUGUCACCCUAUAUGAUCACAAACAGAAGCUUAUGUAAAUAAAUUGCUAACCUGGUUAGUUUUAACUGUUAUUCCAAUACUAAACUGUUUUUCCCCAUUUUGCCAAAUGCAUACAGUCCUCAGUUGCACAGAGUAAAUCUUCAUUAUGAAAAGCAUAAUUUUUUUCUGACCUUAUUUCUAAAAUAUAUAGUUGUUGGUGACAUUUUCUCAAAAAGAAUAAUAGUUGAAACUUUCCACUUAUAAAGCAAGUUUGUCUAUUGAAGGAGCUUUUGCUGUAACUCCAACAUCAGACUUCAUAACAUUGUGACAAACUGAUAACAACUGAUAACAACUGAUUUUAAAGUCUGCAAUGCAAAAUAGCACUGUCACUUUUACAGUUACUGAAUCUUUCUGCUAAGUCUUUGGAGUGAAAUACAAAUUUCUUGCUCUCAAUCCGCAGACCAAGAGCAGUUUCUGCAGUUUAUAAAUCAAAGUAUUCAGUCAUUCAGUACUUGAAAUGCAUCAAUACAUGCAGAGGCCUUUAUAAUUCUGUAUGUAGAUGCCUUACAGAACCAGUAUCCAGUCAGAAGGUUAUGCUUCCUUUCCAGCAAUCUGAAUAAGUUUUUUGUUGAUUCUCUGAAGAACUGUUUACUAUCUCUGAAAACUAACUUAACCUCAAACUGUACAUCUUAGUAACCAAGUUUUCUUUCCUUAAUUUUGCUAUCAGAGUAAAGAUAAGCAAUGCAA